UCACCACUGACCUGAUUUGGAAGCCAGCUAUCUCUUAACAGGAAACGUAACCACCCAGUUUAUCAUCCCUGUGGCGUCCUGGCUCUAUAAAACCCCUGUUGCUUAAGCCUCUGGCUGCUCAUUUUGGUGCGUACGCACUAUCAGCUCUGUCGGGGAGAUGUGCACGGGAAAAUGCGCCAAGUGUAUCGGGGCUUCCUUGUACCCGUUAGCAUUCUGCUGCAUCGUGGCAAACCUCCUGCUGUUUUUCCCCAACUUUCAACUGGAUUAUGUUCAGGACACCAGCAAAUUGACGCCGGAGGUGUUGUACCUUGGAGGGAUCUUCGGAGGUGGGAUCAUGAUGUUCCUCUCCAUUGCGUUUGCUGGUGUGGGAGUGCUGGGUUCUGCAUACUGCCUGAUCGUCUCUUCACUAGGCUUGGUGAAUGGGCCGAUGUGUCAGACUGGAAACGCGAACUGGUCGCGGCCUUUCUACAUGGACCCAGACAAGUUGGAGUUGACCGAUAGAAGUUAUCUCUUCCAUCCCGAGAUCUGGGACAGAGAGUGCAAGCAACCGAAAGACAUCAUCGUCUUCAACGUGGUCCUCUUCGCCUUACUGAUAGGAUUCAGCGGCAUUGAGCUGGUACUCUGUCUGCUUCAGAUGAUCAACGGUCUCUUCGGUUGCAUCUGUGGAACAUGUGGGAAGAGGAGUUCGGGUCCUGUGUAAAACGCGAUGAGCCGGGGAAGAAAUGUACUGAUCUAUCGAAGCCAAUCGCGUAAGGACUUCCCGCAAAAGAACUAAUUCACCUUUGCCUUAGGCUCGGGUCCACAAGCUGAUGAUUCCACAUCCCCUUCUUGACAAGAAAUGUCCCUCUUCUCCUACGUUGAACAUACCGUGAUUCCUGUUUGCACAAGCCGUUUGGAAGUGUUUGUAUUUUUGAAGCAGUUCUUAAUAAAUCAAAGAUCAGGACGCCCUUA